GGGGUGGGCAAUUUCCGGUAGACCCCUUUAGAGUGGAUAGAAGGUAGAAGAAGGGGUGAGAAAUUUGGUAAUUAUAACUAAUUUGGUCGUGGUUAAUAGUACGAAUUGAUACAUUAAUUGGUUGUUCAAUUAAUUGGAAGAUAACAGUGAAACUAACUAAUAUAGGGAGUAUCCUGAAACAAAUGAAGAAGUAGCUUUGAAAUGUAAUAACCGUUGUACAGGAGGAACGUUGAUCACCAUUCAUUACAAAACAGAAAAGAAAGACCACAGACGUGAUGGGUUUAACAAAGUUGAUCCUGUACCUGACUAUGUGUGGUGUUUAUGCCCUGAGCAAACCAACUGAAAAGAAGGAUCGUACCUUCCAUGAGAAAGAAUUAAGUGACAAGGUGCAUGAUGACUCGGAGAACUUUGAAUAUGACCAUGAUGCCUUCCUUGGAGCUGAGGAGGCAAAGACAUUUGAUCAGCUCACUCCUGAGGAGAGCAAAGAGAGACUUGGAAUGAUAGUAGAUAAAAUAGAUGAGGAUAAGGACGGAUUUGUGACGGAGGCAGAGCUGAAGGCCUGGAUAAAGCGGGCUCAGAAGAGGUACAUCUUCGAGAAUGUUGGGCGCCAGUGGCCAGAUUUCGACAGUAACCAGGAUGGGCUUGUCUCCUGGGAGGAAUACAGAAACGUAACAUACGGCUACUAUCUGGACGAUGUGGAUGCUGACGAUGGCUACAACUACAAGCAGAUGAUGGCAAGAGAUGAACGCAGGUUCAAAAAGGCUGACCAGAAUGGUGACCUGUUUGCUACGAAAGAGGAAUUCACUGCCUUCCUGCAUCCAGAGGAAUAUGACCAUAUGAAAGACAUUGUUGUGCUGGAAACCAUGGAGGACAUUGAUAAGAAUGGAGAUGGCUUUAUUGAUUUGGAGGAGUAUAUUGGUGAUAUGUACACUGCAGACAGUGAUGGCCAUGAGCCUGAUUGGGUCAAAACCGAGCGUGAGCAAUUCACAGAGUUCAGAGAUCGCAACAAAGAUGGCAAAAUGGACAAGGAUGAAACCAAAGAUUGGAUCUUGCCAGCUGACUAUGACCAUGCUGAGGCUGAAGCUCGACAUCUUGUCUAUGAGUCUGAUGAAAACAAGGAUGGAAAACUCACCAAAGAAGAAAUAGUCAAAAAGUAUGACUUGUUUGUGGGAAGCCAGGCCACAGACUUUGGAGAAGCCUUAGUACGACAUGAUGAGUUCUAAGUGUGUUGAUAACUACUGUGGAGAACGAACAAGAAUCCAUUCCAUAAAGAAGGGAUAAUUUAUUUUUACAAUUUGCUGUUUAACUUGGUGUUCUGUUCUCAGGUUGUUAACUGUGUUCUAUUCAGAAGCAGAGAAGGAGGGUUGGUAGUUGUAAAGAAGCAGCUAUUUUGUGUCUGGAGAGUGAUGUGUAAUUACUGGUAUAUAUUUGCCAAGUAUGUGUAGAAUCCUAACCACAUUUAUUUUUGUAUUUUUUUUUCUUCUUUUGAUUGGAUAACUUAAAUCCCAUGCAGCAGCUAUUUAAUUUUCAGGAAGCUCCAUUAAGCCUGGUUAAUUAGCAGUCCAGAAAAGUUGCUUAUGCAUAAAAUUCAAGAAUUGCUUUAAUUAUAAAAGUAGUUUUUGGUCAGGUCAUUUGUUUCCUGUCUUAAGAGGGGCUUGUUUGUACAGUUGCCAUUUUGGACUCCAAGCCAACAUGUGCAUUUGUGUAUAUGUAUGGACAAAUGCUGGGAACUGGAUACACCCUCAAUAAAUUACCUUGGCCACCUGUUGCAUUUGUGUUCUGCAGCAUUCCACCAUUCCGUAUUAUACUGCCACAAAGUGAAAAGGAAUUGAAUUAUGCUAUUAUCACAAAAUUGGAGAAGGGAAGUCCAUUUCUGCCUGCAUGGCUGGAGCACCAUGACUAAAACACCCUGAGCCCCUCAAACCACCAUGUAAUUCCCUGUCUGGGAGAUCUAGUAUUCAAAAAUUAUUGAUAAAGAUGCUUUCCUUUCAUAUAAAACAGUCUCCUCCUGGUCAAGAACCAGUCAGGCUCCCUCCUGAAAAGUAUAGUAAAUGUAUAUAGUAUUGAUCAUGUUAAUACAUAAUAAUAGCUGCAAUGUAACUUUUGUCCCUAUUUCUCUCAGCCUUUGGUCUCUGCUGCCAUCUAUAGGUUAAACUUUAACAGUAUUUAGAAAUAAACCAUACAUAUACAAGGCAGGUUGAUCUCCUCACUGUGACGAGGGUAGGUGUGCCAUUCUGUUGAUCAUUAAACUAACUGGGCAUCAUUUGAUGAGAAUUCCAUCUUUGUGAAGGUUAACCUGAAAUGUUACUCUGUAACUUGGUCAUUUUGUAUCCUAUAUUUGCCAUCUUGUGCUUUUGAGGAGAGAUAUAUAUUUGGAGAGUUUUAAUAUAAACAUUCAUGGAAGUGACAUACUAUUUUUAAAAAAAACAAUUCAGUCACUAGGUCAAUUCAGUGUUAUAUUUGUACAUACAAUGAGACAUGUAGUUGAUUUUUCUUGUUACUAAUGCAUUUAUGUGUACAUUAGGCAUGUAUCUUUCUUAUGUAGUCUAUUUACUUGGCUGAGAAAGAGAACUUUGCAACACCCAACAGAUCAGACAACAUCUACGUGGAAAGAAACAGAAUUAAUGUUUCAAAUGAACGACCUUUCAGUUCGAGCAGGAAAAGAAAAUGUUGACUAUUAUUAACUGUGUGUUUCUUAUGAAGUUUUUAACGUGUUUGCGGUUUUGAUUUGCAUUUUUUUGCAUUUGACCAAAUUGGCAUUCUAAAGCAUAUAGUGCCAUGUAACGACAGGAAUGAACGUCGAAAAUUCUUCCAUUCAUAUUCACAAUAGUUUGUGAGAACAAAGAAAGGAAAUGUGCAUCAAAGGUACUGCACAGUGUUCAACAGCCAUCGGUUUGAUUUUGAUCACACAGUGAUAUGGUUGGUUAGCCUGCAGGUUGCAGAGACAUGGUUAAAGCUCUUGGUAUCUAAUUGGUGUUCAAAACCACACAGUGCUCAAAAUAGCCAUAGUCUGACUUUUUCCUACUUCAUUUUGUUGAGUGGCUCUGAACAGUAUUCAUAUAAUACUAAAUUGUGGGAUUUUUUCCUUCUCUCUACUCUGCCAGUUAUACAUCAACUAGCAUUCAGAAGAAAAGUUAGCUAGCUGCCUUUUCUAUACAAUGCGAUCUGUUGUUGCCAGUAACGUUUGCAUCCAAAACUUUGAUCUGUCUUUCUAGCCGAUUGAGUUUAAGAUGCAUAAUUUCCUUCCUUGCUUUCCUUUUUGUUCUACCUAUAAAAAUGAGCAAUCUUUUCUUUAAGAGUAUGCUGCACUGCUUAGUUGUCUCUCUGCUCACAUCCUCCUUCGAUGUAAUGAUCUAACCUUGAUUAUUUAGAAAUGAUACACCAAAACACGAUGUUUUGAAUCCACCUGAUCUAUGAUGCUGAUUAAGGGAUAACUUUUGUCCUCCAGUUAAGUGCCCAACACAGAGCAUUUCACAUUUCACAUCUCCACAUUUCACUAAAGCGCCUGAGAAGAUUCACAUGCAACAGCUAUGCAGGGUUUUUUUUUCCCUCCCUGCCCUGUCAACUUAUGUUAGAUAUUGACUUCUAAUCUAAAUCUGUCUAGACAGUCAAAGAUUUGAUCAUGGUGGCAUCUAAUUGUCAAUCGCAUUCCACUUUGCAUUUAGCUGAGUGAAUAAUCAGGAGAACAGCGAGAUUUGAAUUCAUUUUUUAAGUAAUGGCAAUCUGAAUGGAUGUCAUCUCUCCCAGGUGACUGACUUGAGACUGGGAGUUGAACCUCUAGUGCAAGUCAAUCCUUCCUUGUGGUUGUAAUACAGCAGUUUUGAUUACCACCUUCUCCCCCCACUGUCCAACCCUUCACCACUGCCCUCCUGUUUCUAAGCAGACAGCUGAGUAUUUUUUUCCCCUCAGUAAACACUGAGUUUUGAUUCCAAACUUGCUUUGUUUGAGAGUUCUUUAAAGACGAUUCUUUGGGCAAUAAUGUAUUUACAGACAAGAAUUUAACCAAGAAGUUUGUAUAUAAUAUAUGAAUCAGUUAUAUGCUAGACUAAUAUACUUGCGAGAGAUUUCUAGUCUGGAGUCCAACUGAGGAUUUCAAAAGAAUGCCUGAGUUGUAAUAAGUAAUUUCAGUACAGUAGAUUCAUAAUGUCAUUGUUCUGCUUUUGCACCAGUAGCCCCUCUUUGCAUAAGUGACUGAAAUUUCUUAUUCCCACUCUCAGAAGCCUCUCUAACUUGGCCAACCAUUCUGCCAUGCAAAUUCACAAAUGGAUUCAAUUGUUUUAAUGUCAGAGGUGAAGUUAAUGGGUUUCAUUUAGAUUGUGUGAAACUUUUUUUAAAAUUAGUUAAAUCUAAUUUAAUUUUUACAACCCUCAAUAGAUUUAGAAUAUCAGUGCAUUGAAAGAGAUUUGUCUUAUUUCAAAAGAAAUCAAAAAUGUGGUUCUAUCCACUGAAUGAGAGUAAUAUGAAAUAUCUUAUGGUCUUGAUUGGUCUGGAAUGUGAUACAUGAGAGUUCAAUAGAUGCUCAACAUUUAUUACCAAUAUAUGACUCUACUUAUAUUGGAAACAUUUUGGUCUGCAACUAUUGCCUGUCAAAAUCUGUCCUGGGAAGACCCAACGGUUUUUGAGAAGAGAAAAUUGAAACUGAAUCAAUAAUAAUAAAAAUUUUUAGUUUGAGAUGGAAGUCCAAAUCUGCUGCUCAAACUGGUCAGACUGCAUUGUAUGCUGGGUGAGAGGAGUAGAUGCACGUUUUGUAAAGUGAACUACAUUUAUCAUGUCAGGGCAGGUGGGAUCUUGUAGUAAAAUCAGUUGCAGUGCAUCACUGGGAUAUUCAGCAAAUGUUUGCUAUAUAUUUUUGGAAAUUCAUUUAAACAUCUGGUUUUGCUGCCUUUGGCUGUUGGGCAGGUCUGAGCUGUCACUCACACCAUACUUGAAGUAUCAGUAAAUUGCACGUUUUUAAUAUGUCUACACUAGCACAUUUUCUUCAUGUAAAAUGUUUGCCUGUGUCGCUUUGAAUUGAAUUCUAAUCUUCAAUAAAGUGUUUUUUUUUUAAAUAAAAA